AUGGCUUUUCGGGCUCGCUCCGUUGCCCUUCUUCGUUGGGGAUUGGAGCCGAGAUCAUCCCAGUUGAAUGUGCUGGGUAGGAGACGUGGGUUGGCGACGGUGUCGGAUGGGACGCGAGCCUACGAUGUGGUGGUCAUUGGAGGAGGUCAUGCAGGCUCCGAAGCCUGUGCCGCGGCUGCUCGUUCAGGCGCCCGAACCGCAUUAAUCACGCCUUCGCUAUCCAACAUCGGUGUCUGUUCUUGUAAUCCGAGUUUCGGUGGAAUCGGAAAGGGUACUAUGAUCCGGGAAGUUGAUGCGAUGGAUGGUGUCGCGGGACGAAUCAUCGAUAAGGCCGGUAUUAUGUUUCGCACGCUGAACCGAUCCAAGGGCCCGGCGGUUUGGGGUCCCCGUGCUCAGAUCGAUCGCGAUUUGUAUAAGAAGUACAUGCAGGAGGAGUUGCAAGGGACGGAAGGAUUGAGUAUCGUCGAGGGUAAGGUGGCCGAUAUUGUGGUGUCGAAGGAAGGGGUCGAGCAUACUCCCGGAGCGCAGGGCAAGAUUGUUGGUGUUAGGCUGGAGUCUGGCGAGGUUAUACCGACUGGCAAGGUGGUCAUUACGACGGGUACGUUCUUGGGUGGAGAGAUUCAUAUUGGGCUUGAAGCGUACCCGUCUGGUCGGAUGGGUGAGGCUGCUACGUUCGGACUUAGCAAGUCCUUGCGGGAUGCCGGGUUCACGCUGGGUCGUUUGAAGACGGGGACACCCCCGCGGUUGGAUAGGAAGACGAUCAACUUUGCGCCGUUGGAAGUCCAGGAGGGUGAUCACCCUCCGAGUCCAUUCUCUUAUCUCAAUGGCAGGGUUCAGGUAGACGACGAGGCCCAACUUACUUGCUGGAUGACCUACACUAAUGACGACGUUCACGAUAUUGUCCGGGCGAAUCUGGACAAGACUAUUCACAUUCGCGAGACCGUUAGGGGUCCCAGAUAUUGUCCUUCGCUCGAGUCCAAGAUCAUCCGCUUCACCGAUAAGAAGCGCCAUCUGAUCUGGCUUGAGCCAGAGGGAUUCGCGCCAAACGACGUCAUCUACCCCAACGGUAUCUCCAUGACUAUCCCUGCCGACGCCCAGUACGCCAUGUUGCGAAAGGUUCACGGUCUCGAGAACGUAACCAUGCUUCAACCCGGGUACGGAGUCGAGUACGACUACAUUGACCCACGCAAUCUCCGCCCCACGCUCGAAACGAAACUCAUCAGCGGUCUCUACCUCGCCGGUCAGAUUAAUGGCACCACCGGCUACGAAGAAGCCGCCGGACAGGGCAUCAUUGCCGGUACCAACGCAGGAUUAUCCGCCCAAGGUCGGGAACCGCUCACUCUCCGCCGGUCCGACGCAUUCAUCGGCAUCAUGAUCGACGACCUGAUCACGAAGGGCGUGUCCGAGCCCUACCGCAUGUUCACGACACGAAGCGAAUACCGCAUCACCACUCGCUCCGACAACGCCGACCUCCGUCUCACCCGGAUGGCCCGCGAGGCCGGAAUCGUCUCCGACAAGCGCUGGCGCCACUUCACGGAAACAGAAGCGCAAAUCAACGAGCUUCAAACCCUCCUCGAGAACACCAAGAUGUCCUCCUACGCCUGGGCCCGCAAGGGCUUCAAAGCCCGCAUCGACCCCUCUCAACGCUCCGCCCUCGACCUCCUCUGUCUCCGCGAAAGCGACAUCGACUCUCUCAUCCCGCACAUCGAAUCCCCCACCGGCACCGUCUACUCCGCCUCUUCUUUCCCUCCGGAGAUCCGCAACCGCGUCUCCAUCGAAGGCCGUUACGCCCCCUUCGUGAUCCGCCAGGAAAACGCAGCCAAGAAAUCCCUCCGCGACGAGAACUUGUCUAUCCCCGCUGAUCUGGACUAUGCGACAGUGAAAGGCAUCAGCAUCGAGGAAAAGCAGGCCCUGGAGCGCGUCCGUCCCGUCAGUAUCGGCAUGGCGAGACGCAUUGAGGGCGUUACUCCAUCCGGUGUCCUGAGGGUGCUUAUGCACGUGCAUAGGACCAGUCGGGAUAGGACUGCUCCCGCAUCGGAAGGGCUUGAGGAGACCCCUGAUGAUGUUAUCAGCCAGGCGCCGUGA